UGGUUUUAGGGUUCUCGCAGUGUGCGUGGAUCGAUGGCGAGCGAUGGUGGAGGAGGAGGCGACGCAGGCGAGACAGUGGAGACAAUGCAGCUGCUCCCCCCGCCGGCCAUUACUGUCGCGUCGUCUGGUGAGCCAAUCGUGGCCCUGCUCUCUGUCCCAUGACUCCCUGGCUCCUACUGUGAACAAUGCACUGCUCUACGGACUCGCAGCCAUAAACUGCUUGACAUGGAUGGUACACGGGCGAGCCGAUGAGAAGUUCCUUGUCGAAGCAGUCAACGCUUUUGGGUUUGGCAUGGAGCUUGUCUACACUGUGUACGUGUAGACAAGCCAUGCCAAACCCAAAAGCGUUCACUGCUUCGGCACGAAGUGAUGAAGGCACUUCACUGGCCAGCAGGCGUAAGGGUCUGCGACUGCUUCUCACUCUGGACUGCAUUGGCAUUGCCACCACACUUGCUGCCACUGGAUUACCUUGCCUCAUCCGCUUGUUUCCUCAUCCAGAUGCGCCUCCUGCGAGCAUCCUCGUGGCUCUAGCGGCCUGUGUGUGCAAUCUGUUCUGGGCAAUCUUCUCUUUCCUGGCUGGGAACUACGCGAUGAUGAUUGCUACGAGUGGCGCCGCUUGCUUUGGAGGGCUUCUUGCUCUCCUUUCAUGGUUCUGAGUACUUCCACCACUCUUUUUUGGCUCCACACGAGAUGGAGAGUCUUUUUCCCUCUUGAGUUUUGUUUUUUUAUCUCUACGUUUAGUAGAGAGUCGGCACGACAAUAAAAUCUGUUCGAUACACAGUACUUUCUCCUAUUCUCUAAAUCUA